GCCGGGCCGGGGGGACGCGUGGGUGCCGCGGGAGGCUGCAGGGGACGAGGCGGCGCUCCUCGCUUCUGAAGUUCCCCGUUUGUUUGCAAAAUCCGCGGUUUCCGGCAUUUCCGCCUUCCCCGCGCUCUGGGCGGGGGUUUCGGCGGCGCUGCUCGGGGUGGGCUCCGAGGCUGUCGGCGCGGCCGCGCUGGGUCCCGGUGCCCCAGGCCGGCCUCCUGCGGCGGUCACAGGUGGUUUUCCUCUCGUGUGUCUCUCGUGCCCGCACCAUGAUCCCGGCGGCCGGCAGCUUUGCCCCGGACCAGGAACCCCUGCUGGAGGAUGCCGUGGGGAGCAGGUACAGCCGGCAGAAGCCAAGGGACCGCUGGCACGGGACCUACGUUAUAUUUUUUCUCCUGGGCAUCGGGUCCCUCCUGCCCUGGAAUUUCUUCAUCACGGCCAAACACUAUUGGAGGUACAAGCUGCAGAACUGCUCGGAUGAGCCGGGCCCGCUGGGGCAGGCGGCCUCAGACCUGCGGGACUAUUUUGAGAGUUACAUCUCCAUUGCUUCCACCGUGCCGUCGGUGCUGUGCCUGAUUGGAAACUUCUUGCUUGUCAACAAGGUUCCUGCCAGUGUCCGGAUCCUGUCCUCCCUCUUUGUCAUGCUGGCUGUUUUCCUGGUGAUCACGGUGCUGGUGAAGGUGGACACCUCCUCCUGGACCACACGCUUCUUUGCCCUGACUGUUGGCUGCGUGGCCGUGGUCAGCAGUGCCUCCACUGUCUUCUCCAGCAGCAUCUUCGGCCUGAGCAGCUGCUUCCCCAUGAAGAACCUGCAGGCUCUCAUCUCAGGCCAGGCCAUGGGUGGCACCGUCAGCGCCGUGGCCUCUGUGAUAGACCUGGCGGCGGCGGCCGACGUCACCGACAGCGCGCUGGCCUAUUUCCUCACCGCCGACAUCUUCAUCGUCGUCUGCAUCAUGGUGUACCUGCUCCUGCCCAGGCUGGAGUACUCCAGGUAUUACCUGAGCAGCCAGAAGGAGAGCCCCUCUCUGGUCACCGUACCCCCUGACAGCUCCGUGGAGGCAGAGUCAGGAGGCACCGCGAAUUCCUCCUUCCUCACAAGGAGCGCUGGCAUCCCCCCUCUCCGCCCCAUCCUGCAGAAAACCGCCCUCCUCGGCUUCUGCGUCUUCUAUGUCUUCUUCAUCUCCAUCAUCAUCUUCCCGUCCCUCUCCUCCAACAUCGAGUCUGUCAGCAAAUCCUCGGGAAGCCCGUGGAGCACCAAGUACUUCACGCCGCUCACGUGUUUCCUCCUGUACAACUUCGCUGACUGGUGCGGGAGGCAGGUCACCGCCUGGAUCCGGGUGCCUGGCCCCAAGAGCAAACUGUUGCCUGCCCUCGUCCUCCUCAGAACCAUCUUCCUCCCUCUCUUCAUCCUCAGCAACUACCAGCCCCGGGCUCACAUCCGGACCGUGGUGUUCAACCGGGACAUCUACCCCGUGGUCUUCACGGUGCUGCUGGGGCUCAGCAAUGGCUACUUGGGCACGCUGGUGAUGGUGUACGGCCCCAAAAUUGUGCCCAAAGAGCUGGCUGAGGCAGCAGGGGUGGUGAUGACAUUUUACCUCGUGCUGGGGCUGGCUCUGGGGUCUGCCUGUGCUGUUUUCAUGGUGCACCUCGUGUAGAGGGGCAGCAGGAGGACGAGGAUGCCCUCGGUUUGUGGUGCUGCUGUUGGGUAUUUAGGGUUUGGGUUUUUUCCCCAAAAAAGUCAGGUAUCCUGUGGUUUUGAGGCAGGGUGCCUGUCUUGGGAGGGAGGGGGUAGCUGCAUCCAGGGGGGAUGCAGAGGGAAAGUCUCCCUUCUGGGAAGGGGCAUCCCCUGUGCUUGGGAAGGUUCCGUCAGACAUUGUCACUCCCCAGUUUAAUGGAGCAGGGACCAAAACAGCCUCAUCCUCCCCAGGGAACUCAGGGAAGCACCAGGGAUACAGAGAUACCAUCUCUUACCCAUGUGCCAGUGGUUUUUAGCUGAACCCAGGGCUUUUGGGGGUACCUUGGGUUUAACUGCUGUGCUAUUACAAGUUGAGCCCUCCAGGGGUUAGGGGUUACCCCUCACCGAGCUGUGGUGGUGGUGUUGAACUAAAAGGGAUUUGAGCCCUGGAGGACCUUCCACAACUUAGGGAGUGAGUAGCAGCUGACCCAGGGAUCAGGGCGCAGUUUUGAACAGACUUUAUACAACCAUUGCACAAAAUAAAAAGGAAAUGAAUAUAUACAUAAGGGAAACCGCUCCACUUGGAUUUUUGUUUGCUUUAAUUUUUGCAUGUAAAAUUGAAUUGAGGGAUCAUCUACCUCCUAGCAUGGUGCUACUAGUGUUGGGAACUAUUCCCUGGCCAAGCUGAGAGGAGCAUUUUUCCUGCUGUGACUGUGGCGUGACCCCCCAGGGGAAGUGAAAUGCUGAGGUUUUUAAGGUGUCUUCAGUGUGUGUUCAGAGAGCUCUGUCAAAGCCAGGGAGGGGUAUGAGAGGGGCCCUGGUGUGAGGUUCACAGCAGAAAUCUGGUUAAUUCAUGUAGACAGGCACCAUAUGGCCUCCAGAUGUUUUCAGAGGGGUGAGCUACUGUGACACCCAAAAAUAUGGCCCACCCAAAGAUGACUGGCUUUUAAAGCCAUUUAAAUUCCCAUAUGCCAGCACAGCCUGGACUAAAUCUGAUUAUUGUAUUUAUUUUCUCAGAUUGGCUGGAUUUAUGGUCUAUGAGAGGUGAACUGAUAGGCAAGGGUGUAAUGGCAGAGCUUGGCAGUGCAGUGGUGCCUCAGAGAUGUUGUCUGUGGAAAUUAAUUCCUUUAAGACUGGGUUAGGAGCAGAUGCUCCAUUACUGGGGUGCUCUCUGAACACCUCCUGCUUGCCCACGUAGUGGUGGGGCUCUGCUGGGAGAACAGCUGGACCUGUGGUGGUUACUGCCCUGGGGUGCCACGUGGGUGUGGUGGAUGCUGGGUUUUUUACACAAUUCCUUUCCAGCGUUUAGUUUGGGCCCCUUGGCAACACGCACACACAGUUUGGCUUUAUGGCUGGUUUUUAUUUCAAGGUAAAGUCCAGACACAAGUGAAGGAUCUGUUGGGUGUGCAGUAGUGAGGAGCAGCUUUAUGGAACGUGUGGGCUCUUGUUCCUGUCCCUUUGGUGGGUUUGGAGCCCUUAGGCUCCAGCACUUGACCCAGUUGAGGGCCCACCCAAGGGCCGAGGGUCGGGAUGCUGGGAGCCCGUGCUCCCAUCAUCUCCCUGGUGCUGGAAAAAUGCAGCAGUUGGUCAAAAAGCCCAACCCAGCUUGGUGUUUGGCAAUCAAAAAGUCCCUUUGUGGCCUUCAGUGGGCCUGUCUUUGACCUGUGCAUUUCCCCCUGAUCCAAGCAAUGAUGAGAUUUGGCUUGGGUUUUUACUGCUCUGCAUCUCUGAGCCUCCUCUCCGUGUUACAGACCUCUGGAGGGAGAACUUAGUUAUCUGGUACUGUUGCUAACAACGGUAAUUCUUGAUCCUGUGCAACUGCUGGUGUCUGGAAUACUUGGAGAUGCACUUGUGCUUGCAUUUUUCCUUCUGGUCGUCCUUCUCUCCCAGCUUGGAUUGUAAACUCAGAGAAGUCCCUGGCAAGGGCUGCGUGGGGGAGCCCUGAGAUCACUGCUUUUGGGAGCACAGUUAUUCCAGUGGAAUAUCCCCAAAUGACAUGCAGGCUCCAAACAGAUGGUGAAGGACUGCAGCUCCUGAUUAGACAGGCUUGUGCUCUGUUGGACGGCGCUGCGAGAACAAACCGAGAUGAGAAACUUUUCCUCCUAAUUUAUCACGCCAGGGCGGGGGAGCGCAGGAGCUGGGGCUGCCUGAGCGUGAAUUCCGCUGUGCCCAGAGCCAUCCCUCUGCAUCCCCCUCGCUGAAGGACGGGGUGCCCGGACCCCUUUCCCAGCCCCUCUUCCAUCGCAGAUUUUGUGAGCCCGCCUCGCCGCACAGCUCGGGACAGCCGGCAGGGCAGGACCAACGCCUUGGAAAUGGAGCAGGAGCCGGCAGGGGAGAAGGGCUUUUACAGCAGGGGCGAGCUCCGGGCCGGUGGCUGUGUCGGAGGAGCGAUCCCACCUGCCCGGUCUCGGUUUUGGCACCCUUGGCUUGAUGGGGAGAGCUUUCCUCCUCUCCUGGGAGCAACCUUGAGCCUUAGCCAGCACCACGGGCUCUUCACUGCUCCCCCACACUCCCCUCCUCCCAGGAAUUCCCCUUGCGGUUGUCACCCCGCUGUCCCCUGCUCACACGGGACAAUUCUUCCGGUGUUAUCUGCCCUUCUCCCCGCAGUUUCUUAUUUUCCUGGCUUGCCUCCUUAAACCACAAAUGCGUGGACCUGAUCAAAGUGGGUUAAACGAGAGGCACCUGCAGGAGCAGAGCGAAGCAGAGGAGCACGGUGCCAGCCUGGGAAGCUGGGACCCCGGGCGAGCAGCACAAGAGCCCUCCAGGAUUCCCUUGAGGCAGCAGCCUGACCAAAGCGCCUUUGUGUCCCCUUUGCUGGAACCCCCAGGCCGUGGAGAUGGGCCUCACCUUCCCUCAGGAUUUUAUCUGGCCGCUGACUGAGUUAGCAGCGAGGUUAGACACAGGAGUGUCCCGGGCUGGCUAGGAGGGAGCUCAUCCUCCCCCAGCACAGCCCUGGGGUGCUCUGAGCCCACACCGGGAACCAGCGGCUCCAAGGCCUCGCUGCAGGGAAGGUGGCACAUUCAUGGGGUGCUCCCUGAGCCCACACCGGGAACGAGCUGCUCCAAGGCCUCGCUGCAGGGAAGGUGGCACAGCCCUGGGGUGCUCCCUGAGCCCACACC